CUGGUGCCUGCACAUUCUCAGCCUCUUUCUUUAACCAUUUUUAUUAUUCAAAAUGGGUUCUUGUAAAUUUUCCAUGUUUAGUUUUCUUUGCUUAUUGGUCAUUUGCUUGUUGGUUGUCUCUGCCAAAGAAAAUUCUGAGAAGAUUUCUUUGCUUGCUUUCAAGACAGGAAUCGUAUCAGACCCUCAAGGUGCUCUUGAGAGCUGGAAAUCUUCAGGUAUUCAUGUCUGCAACUGGACAGGAGUUAAGUGCAGCAAUGUAAGCCACCACGUAGUAAAGCUUGACCUUAGUGGACUGUCACUUAGAGGCAGGAUUUCUCCUGCUCUUGCCAAUCUUUCUUCUCUGGCAAUUCUUGAUUUGUCAAGGAACUUGUUUGAAGGUUAUAUUCCAGCAGAGUUAGGAAAUCUUUUCCAACUUCAGGAAAUCAGUUUGUCAUGGAAUCAUCUUGAAGGAAAGAUCCCAUUUGAGUUGGGUUUUCUUGGCAAAUUAGUAUACCUUGAUUUGGCAAGUAAUAAGCUUACUGGUGAUAUUCCUGCGCCACUUUUUUGUAAUGGGACCUCCUCUUCUUUAGAGUAUAUAGAUCUUUCCAACAAUUCUUUAACUGGUUCAAUCCCUUUAAAGAAUGAAUGUGAGCUUAAAGAUUUGAGAUUUCUUUUGCUUUGGUCAAAUAAAUUAGUGGGUCAGAUUCCUCGAGCUCUUUCGAACUCUAAAAAACUUCAAUGGCUUGACUUGGAAUCAAAUAUGCUAAGUGGGGAAUUGCCAUCAGAGAUUGUCAAUAAAAUGCCAGAAUUGCAGUUCCUUUAUUUGUCUUAUAAUGACUUUGUUAGUCAUGAAGGUAACACCAACCUUGAACCUUUUUUGUCUUCUUUAGUUAACUCCUCUAACUUUCAAGAACUUGAAUUAGCAGGAAAUAACCUUGGUGGAAAGAUACCUCCUAUUAUUGGUGAUCUUUCUCACCUUGUACAAAUUCAUCUUGAUGAGAAUCUUCUUUUUGGCUCUAUACCUCCUCAGAUUUCAAAUUUAGUUAAUCUCACCCUCCUAAACUUGUCUAGCAACCUUUUAAAUGGUUCUAUCCCACCAGAACUAUGUCGUAUGGGAAAGCUGGAGAGAGUUUAUUUGUCAAAUAAUUCACUCUCUGGUGAAAUUCCUGCAGCUCUUGGUGACACACCCCAUCUUGGUCUUCUUGAUUUAUCCAAAAACAAGCUUUCUGGUUCAAUUCCAGAUACUUUUGCUAAUCUUUCCCAGUUGCGAAGACUCUUGCUCUAUGAUAAUCAGCUUUCAGGAACCAUACCACCAAGCCUUGGAAAAUGCAUCAAUUUGGAGAUCCUAGACCUUUCUCACAAUCAAAUUUCUGGCCUAAUUCCUAGUCCAGUUGCAGCAUUGAGGAGCUUGAAGUUGUACUUGAAUUUGUCUAGCAAUCACUUGCAAGGACCUCUGCCAUUGGAGCUAAGUAAAAUGGACAUGGUUCUAGCAAUUGAUUUAUCUUCAAACAAUCUUUCUAGCACCAUUCCACCGCAACUUGGAAGUUGCAUUGCCUUAGAGUACCUCAACCUUUCAGGAAAUAUCUUGGAUGGUCCUCUUCCUGAUUCAAUUGGGAAGUUGCCUUAUCUUAAGCAACUUGAUGUGUCUUUAAAUCAGUUGCAUGGCAAAAUACCAGAAUCACUGCAGGCAUCGCCAACCCUCAAGCAUCUGAAUUUCUCUUUCAACAACUUCUCUGGGAAUGUAUCAAAAACUGGCGCAUUUUCAUCGUUGACGAUGGACUCAUUCCUAGGAAAUGACGGUCUUUGUGGCACAAUAAAUGGCAUGAAAAGAUGUCGGAAGAAGCAUGCUUAUCAUUCCUUCAUUUUGCCUGCACUCCUGUCGCUAUUUGCCACUCCCUUCUUGUGUGUGUUCUUCGUACUCAGGUACAAAUACAGGAAGCAGUUGGCAAUAUUCAAUCAAGGAAACAUGGAGGAUGAGGAGAAAGAAACAAAAGAACUGAAGUACCCAAGAAUUUCAUACCAGCAACUCGUUGAUGCGACCGGUGGGUUUAGUGCUUCAAGCCUGAUCGGUUCCGGCCGAUUCGGUCAUGUCUACAAGGGAGUCCUUCAGGACAAUACAAGAAUAGCAGUGAAGGUAUUGGAUUCAAAGACAGCUGGUGCAAUUUCAGGAAGCUUCAAAAGAGAAUGCCAAGUCCUAAAAAGGGCUAGGCAUAGAAACUUGAUAAGAAUCAUAACAAUAUGCAGCAAGCCAGACUUUAAGGCUCUUGUCCUUCCUCUAAUGUCAAAUGGGAGCUUGGAAAGGUACCUAUACCCAAGCCACGGAUUAAAUUCUGGCUUGGAUUUGGUUCAGUUGGUAAGCAUAUGUAGUGAUGUAGCUGAGGGAGUGGCCUAUCUGCACCACUAUUCUCCUGUUAGAGUUGUCCACUGCGACCUUAAGCCUAGCAACAUUGUUCUUGAUGAUGACAUGACUGCUUUGGUAACUGAUUUCGGAAUUGCAAGACUAAUUAAAGGCAUUGAUUAUGAGAAUAAUAAUAGUAAUAAUACUCCAGCAAAUGAUUCAGUGUCCUUUAGCUCAACAGAUUGCCUGGUGUGCGGAUCACUUGGCUACAUAGCUCCUGAAUAUGGGAUGGGAAAGCGAGCUUCGACACAGGGAGACGUGUACAGCUUUGGAGUACUUCUGCUGGAAAUCAUAGCAGGAAAACGCCCGACAGAUCUCCUUUUCCAUGAAGGCUCAAGCUUGCAUGAAUGGGUAAAGAGUCAUUACCCUCAUAAGCUAGAGAACAUUGUCAAACAAGCAAUUCUUAGGUGUGCUCCUUCUGCCAUGCCAUCUUACUGUAACAAAAUAUGGGGUGAUGUUAUUCUUGAACUGAUUGAGCUUGGUCUUAUGUGCACCCAAAACAAUCCUUCAACAAGACCAAGCAUGUUAGAUGUAGCCCAAGAAAUGGGUAGGCUAAAGCAAUUUCUUUCUAACCCUCCAUCUCUGCUCACUGAAGAAGCAUUCUCCUAAACUUGGUGUGUGUGCCUCAUGAAAAUGCAACAAAUAGACAUGUCAGAAUUUUUGUGACCAUUUUGUUUAUUUGUUUCAUUGAUUUUCAGAUGGUACAUCAACUUGUGAUCAGCAUCGGGGGCUUCAAUGUAAUAAUAUUGCAAUUCUUUUAACAAUUUUGUUCCU